UAGGGUUAUACAUUCAGUGAAGACAAAUUAGAAUUCAAUGUCAAAGUUAUAAUGUCAUUUUUCUUCAUAGUUGUCCUAUUGUGACUACAAGUGUGUUACCUAGCAUAGUGGGCGUUAUAUUUAAGAUUUUAAGGCUUUUCAAUGCUUUAUUGAACUAAAAUCAUGCAUGGCCAUGAAGAAAAGGGCGGUGUUGUAAUAAUUAAUUAUUAAAAUAAAUUCCAUUAAUGGUAAAUACCUUACCCAUGCCAAUAUGUUUCUGUGUCCUCGGACAAAGGCAAACAAAUAUUUCAGGCAAAUUAAUAACAUAGAUAAUUUGCUUAGUCACAUUCAUUCACGUACGGCUAGAAAACUUUCAAAGUGUGCAUGCAUAUGAAUCGGGUAGUUUGUUGGGGAUCACGUUUUCUUGCUACAGGUGUAACCUGUACUCUGAGAAAUUACCUUUCUUUUCCCAUAUAAAUAAUAGUGAUGAGAGCUUCAUGGCUUCAGACCCAGAAUUAUAUCUGUCACUCUCUCUUUGUCUUAAAACCUUUGUUUUUGCUUUGCCACUAAUUAACUAUGGCCAUCUCAAAAAGCACAGUGGUCGUAGUUAUUCUCUGCUUCAUCCUUAUACAAGAGUUGGGGAUCUAUGGUGAAGAUCCACACAUGGAUGCUGCCAAGAAGAUAGAUUGCGGUGGCAAGUGCAAUUCCAGGUGCAGUAAGGCUAGGAGGCAAAAAAUGUGCAUUAGGGCAUGCAAUAGUUGCUGCAAGAAGUGCAGGUGCGUGCCACCCGGCACUUCUGGGAACCGAGAUUUGUGCCCUUGCUAUGCUAGACUCACCACACAUGGAGGAAAGCUCAAGUGCCCAUGAAAUGAUGACUCGAUCAGAGACGUCUAGCUAAGACUAGCACCAUAUGCAUGCAUGCAGUUAAAUAAAUGCAAUUAAUAAUAUUUUGUCUGAACGUAACUACGUGGUAAUAUGGUCGUCGAUCGAGGAAUGAGGCACCGAGGGAAGAACAUAGAUAGCACCAAAUUAACGAGCUCCUUGGCCAGCAAAGUGGGAAAAUGGAUGACUAAGAUCUUGAUGUUGUUUUUAAUUUUUAUGCUGCACUAUAUUUCCUUUAUCAUAUAUAUAUAUAUAUAUAUAUAUAUAUAUGAUAAAGCGAAUGUAUGAUGUUAAUUUGAGGCUUAAUAAUAAUGUUAGUCAAUGUUA